AUGGCGCAUCGAAAAAUCAACUGGGAAGAAGUGAAGAAAAUGUCAGCGCUGGAAAGCAACCAUGAUUUCACCAACAAGCUCAGGACCCUCUCGUUGGUAGAUCAACAAACCGAAAUUCGUUCGUUGCUGCGAUCCUUUGGGACCGAUAUUGAAAAAAAUGACUCGGAUCCGUUUGGGAAUGGCGAUCAAUCCGCGAUUCCCACCCUCGAAGGACGAACCCGAGCCAGAGAACUCUUUUCGAUCGGAGGCGAUCUACCAGCAGCGACUUUUUCGAAAUCAUUUUCACCGUUUGCUUUGGCAUGUCUCGCUGGAGAGCCAGCGCCAGUCAAGACAAUGAUUGAGGAUGUUUGCAGUAAAUUGAAACAACCUUACUCUCGACAAAACAAGCUGAAGGAGUUAUUGGAUGGUCGGGAGACAGCCAUGCGUCAUUCACCAUUGUUGUUAUUGUGGUCGGCAGGGAAGAUGAUGAUGGGGAUCAAUAAGAGCAAGUAUGUCACAAUUUCGAAAUUGCUAUUGCGAGCCGGGGCCAGCCCAGACUGCCAGGAUGUUGUAGGCAAGACCGUGGUACAUUAUGGAGCGGGGAUGAUGGCAACCGACAUUACCUUGGAAAUUGUUGACGUGUGCAUUGAAGCAGCUAAAACUUCGCACAUGUGUGGAAGAGAUGUAGUUCUGAAGGGAUUACACAGUGCUGAACUAAAUGGAAAGACUGGAGUAGCUGGUGGCUUUGAUGCUGACUCUGGAAGACGUAGCGUCUACAUUCGAGAUUUAGACCGGGAGGUUUGGGUGAAGGUAGAAAAUAUCGAGUUGAUUGAUGACACGACGAAAUUAGAUCUAUUACAUGGGAAGCGAAUUGUACUGGCUGGUUUGAAAAACGAAGCCAUGAACGGAAAGAAAGGCAUCGUCGGUGCUUUCGAUAGUGAUGCAGGACGCCACGGAGUCUACAUUCCCGAGAUGAGGAAGGAAGUAUGGAUCAAAAAGGAAAACAUUAGUGUUCCAGUGGAUGAACCAGCUUUGAACCUGUCAGGGAAGAAUGUCGUACUAUCCGGGCUGAAAACGGCAAGCUUAAACGGAAAGAAAGGUAUCGCAGGUCAAUUUGAUUCUAGCUCGCGGCGACUGAGUGUAUUUAUUCCGGAAAAGAAGAAGGAAGUCUGUGUCAAGAUCGAAAACAUUAGCAUUGAUGAUUCUGCAAAGAAGCUGCUGUCAGAUGUACAAGAUCGGCUUGGUAGCGUUUCACUACACGAAGUUGUAAUGAACGACAGGGAGGACUGUGCCAAGCUUCUACUCGAAAAACACAAUACAAGCAUUCAUACCAAGGAUUACGAUGGAAGCGGCCCAUUACAAAUGAUUGUCAGUGUUGGAGCCGCUAUGAAUACCAAGGUUGGCAGAAUUAUUUCAUCCGUCACUCGAAAGGAGGCUAAGAUGGCUCAUAGUGCCAAGAAGGCAGUCCUCAACUCCUACUGUGCCAACUGCAACAAGUCUCUUGGUACCGAUGGUGGAAUGAAAUGUUCCAAGUGCAAGGUCACACUCUACUGUGGAAGAGAUUGUCAGGUAAAGCACUGGAAGGAAGGGGGGCAUAAACAAGAAUGCAAGCUUCUUGCCGCUAAAAAAGAAGGUGUCCAGCUGUCUCGUGACUAUAUUCAACACCAUGCCAACAUGGAACUGGCCGCCAGGAUAUAUGGACCGCAAUUUAGGGACAGCUUUCGGAUCCCGCAAGGUGUGAAACCGGGAGAAAAAUUCGUCAUCAAGGUCCAAGCCAAUGACGAAGAUAUGCCACUGAUGAUCUAUGAUGAAACUCGAACUUGCCAGCUUUGUUACUUGCCAAACGGGCCUGGGCAUUCAGAGAUGUGGAGGGAAGCAAAAAACGAACCAGCAUGGGGUGGUCGCAAGACAUACAUGAAGGCAUCAUGGACGGAUGACGAUAAAUGCAUUGUUUAUCCUGGCACAGCCGGUAUCAAAAAUAAGUAUGCUUGGUAG